AUGCUCUCUCGCAGAGCCCCCAGCCUCUUCGCCAGGCUACCCACCCUCUCCAACCCGACUAGAAAGAAGAUUCCAAGCUGGCAACCCCAUAUCCAGCUUCGGCAUAAAUCCUCCCAAAUCGGCUUCCUCGUCGACGACCCCUACAUCCCUCGCUUCCAACUCCUCUCCCCCAGCCAACUCGCGCAGAAGCGCAGCGCAGCCUACGCCCACCUCUCAAACUGCAACCUCUGCCCCCGCCUCUGCGGCGUCAACCGCUUCGAGCGAACCGGCACCUGCCUCAUCGGCGCAGACGUCGUAGUCAACACCAUUGCGCCGCACUUCGGCGAAGAACCGUGCAUCCAAGGCCGACACGGCAGCGGCAGCGUCUUCUUCUCCGGCUGCAAUUUGCGCUGCGUCUUUUGCCAGAACCACGAUAUCGCGCACCAGAAGAAUGGGUUCCACCUGACGCCUGAGGAGCUGGGGGAGUGGUUUGUGAAGUUGCAGGAUGUGGGCAAUGUGCAUAAUAUCAACCUCGUCACGCCGGAGCAUGUGGUGCCGCAGGUUGUGCUUUCCAUUCUGCAUGCGCGGGAGUUGGGGUUGAAGUUGCCGAUUGUGUAUAAUACGUCUUCGUUUGACUCGCUCGAGUCAAUUGCGCUGCUGGACGGUCUGGUCGACAUCUACCUCGCGGACUUCAAAGUGUGGGCUGCGUCGACGUCGAAACGACUGCUGAAGGCGGACAACUACGCGGAGACGGCGAGGGAGAGCGUCAAGGCGAUGCAUGCGCAGGUGGGGGAUUUGUGCUUCACGUCGGAUGGGCUGGCGAAGAAGGGCGUGCUGCUGAGGCAUUUGGUUAUGCCGGGGUAUGAGGCGGAGGGAGGGCAGAUUGUGCGCUGGUUGGCGGAGCAUGUGAGUCGGGAUCUGUAUGUGCAUGUCAUGGAGCAGUAUCAUCCUCGCGCGCAUGUGGGCAAGGAGAAGAGAGGGAGGAGCGGACGGGCACGGGAGGUGGUUGAGGGAAAGGCACUUAGGUAUGAAGAGAUCAAUCGAGCUGUCAAGGGAGAAGAGGUGGAGAGUGUCAAGAAGGCGGCUCAACAAGCUGGGUUGUGGCGCUUUGUCGAGCCGGCGGAACACGCACUGUUCAGCAUGUGA